CGGGCCCACACCUGCACGCCUUCACCCCGGCUCAACGAUGAUGGCCAACGAGCCCGACCCUCCGGUCCGGAACCUGUUCAUUGGCAUCCUCACCGGUAUCGUUGGCUUCUUCUUCAUUCUACUUGGCCUCAUGGGCUCCGACUGGCUCAAGUUCUCCUUCCCCGACGGCCAGUUCCUCCACGCCGGUCUGGCCAAGUCGUGCUACCGCGGCGCAUGUGACUCGAAUGCCAACCUGCACAAGACCUCGUUCGAGUCGUUCCCCUGUCUCAGCCGGCUGAAUGUCUCGGGCAUGUUUGCGAUGAUCCUGUAUGUCAUCUCGAUGCUGUUUGCGGGCUUGUCGCUGCUGGCGGCAUCGGCCAUUGCAGGCUGCUAUCAGAGCUCCAAGAAGGUCUCCAAGUAUGCGCUUCUGUUCUCGGUCGGUGCUUGGGUCUUCUCCUUUCUCGCCUGGGUCGUCUUUGCCACCCUGGUCGCCGGCAAUGAGCGGUGCUCCAUGGGCUCAAAGGGAGUGUACUACGUCACCUCGAUCAUGGGCUCGUUCUUCCAGCUCUUCUCCUCGGUCCUCAUCGCCCUCCAUUGGGGCAUGCUCGCCCGCGGCUCGCACCGCAGCGGCAGCGGCGGCUACGUCCCGCACACCUCAGACUCGAUGGCCCCGCCCGCAGGCAUCAACAGCUCUGCAGCAGAUCCCGGCUACUCGUCGGUGCCCGACGACAACCCGUUUGCCGCCUCGCGUCCACCAGCAUCCAAGCCGCGCGCCGGCGGCUACGGUACCACCGUGUCAGACUCACCCUUUGACUAA